AUAAUAGACAUCUCAUUUGCGACUGCAGCCAGAUGCGUUUCAUGAAAAACCUCUGAAAAUGAUAAGAGAUACAAAAUAAAAAUAAAAAUGUAACUGUUCAACAACUAUUGAUGGGGCAUGUGACGAUUCAUUAUAUAGAUUCAGUUAUUCGUCAGUGUCCAAACUUUUUUACCACCUUCUGGAAAACGAUCUGAUAAAUUCACCUUCCUUGGUGUAAGUUUAUUUAUAGUUUGAUAUGCCUUUAUGGCUAUAUUGACUUGUAAGUUGAAACCAACGUACCUAGAUUUAAACAAAGAGAGUUUGUUGCUGGUGAAAAGAACCGUAUCGUUGAACCGAUGAAACAAAGGGUGCCCAGAGAAGAAAUAUGUUUGUAUCAACCUGUUGCUAAUAACUACAAAGGUUUGCAUAUUUAUCCUUUUUCGUGUUUUGCCACUGAAAUUGGCUACGGAAAAAGUUUCAAGCAUCAUGAAUAUUGUAGCAAUGAAUUUUCUUUUCAUUAAACGCUUGUUAAUUCGACUGCUAAUUUUGGGAUUAGGUAUUCCAUAUUCAGAUGGAACUUGUAUAUUUCCGACUUAUUUAAUGGGAGAAUGGACGAGUGCAGAGAGAGGCAGUUUGUCCAUUACAACGGAUUCCAUCUAUAACUACAAGGUCUACAUCCCCUCCGCCGACCCAAACAACCCCACCAUAGAUUACUAUAAUUUUACAUGUCUGACCAAAGUCAACGCCAACCGCUUCACUAUAAGGUCAAUGAAUUUCAAUGUGUUAUUUGGAACCAACGUCUUCUUUUACAUUUGCCUGGAUAUCUACAAUGUCAAUGACCAGCUGAACUAUUACUACCACGCAACAGCUGUAGAUACUCUUAUCCGUGAAAAUAUGGUCGGGAUUGCGGAGGACAAAUCAAACUCAUAUGAAAAUAUCUGCACUAGAAGCUACAUAGAUCCGUCAAACUUCAUUGUACUGUUACGUAAAGAUGCCGUGGAAGAUGACGUAAUACAGACCCUCUGUCCCAAUGCCUUACAGAUGGUCUACAGUAAUAUCACAUUUACAAGUCACUCGGGGACAACAGAAAACUGUGUGACGGCGGAGAUGGACGGCUGUACUAAUAAAACCAUGCUCAACUUUACGCAAGGAGAUUGUACCGAGAAAACACUUUCAGAUGGAGGCAUCUACACCUGCAUCUUCUCAAAGACUGUUGACAGUCAGUUGUAUUUAUCAGUGUGGAACAACGAUGAUACGUUGACUUCAUCCACAUACAGAUUCUUCUGUUUUAAAAUUACAAACUACAUGAAUGGAACUGUAUUCUUAGAAGAGAAACCAAAUUUUUGUGGAAAUUCCGUAAAUUUUACAGCCUAUCCCACAACAAGUUCAUCCGCUGAAUUAAAGGAUAUAACAGACACCUGUCAAAUUAUACUCCCCACCACGACUGAAGCUCCAUUUGUUGCUGAUUUGAACUACCUAUUCAUAUUAUUAGGAUUAUUUAUAAUUUUCUUGGUCGUCGUCAUUGUAAUGCUGACUAAACGUCUAAAACUCUACCUUAAGAAGAAAAAAGAAGAAAAACCUAUUGACGUUCGAAAGGGAGAAAAAGUGGGACUUCAACACUUUGAUCCCAAGAAAUCCCUUAUGAUCAACUCUCCUAGACCUGUUAAUUAUUUUAGACCAAAACGAGCAAUUCAAAUUGUACCUUUGUUCAAACCAGGCUUCAGUACUGACGAGUUUUCGAUUCACCCACCUCCAAAGAUCACGUGUAUCUACACAGACAGUAUCGUGGAUUAUAUGAGAGGCCGGAUGCCCAGACGACCGGACGGGAUAAGCCUGUAUAGCUUCGAUUCCGCCAUAUUUCGGGCGAGAAGUCCGUUCUCCACAAUUUCCAUCCUCAGUACAGAUGAUGACGAUGUCUCGUUCGGAUCAGAAUCUUGUUAGAAACUUUUUGUGAAGAAUUCUCAGUCGUUUAAAAAUGUUUAUUUAAAAUAUAUAACUGGUACUGUACCAGUUAUCUGCUAAGACCAGUUAUCGGCUAAACUGAGGGAUCGGGUUUAUAGCAUGCGACUAUCCGAGAUUUUUUAAUUCAGUCGUCUGUUUCGAAUAAAGAAAAGUUAGUUUGCUUGAAAACUUUCUUGAAUAUGUUUUAAACAUGAGCUUUAACGAUCAUUGUUUACCGCUGAUUUACAGCUAUGGGGAAAGUGACGUAAUAAGUUAAAAAUGGAAUAUGACCUCUUUGUGAUACGUUAUUAUAUCCCUUCUUUGAUUUGACAUUUAAUAUCAAUACAUAUAAAAUUUCUAAACAAAAGAAAUUCACUAAAUUCUGAGAGAGUCAUGGUGCAGUUGAACGCCUGAUUGCACAAUUAUGUAUUGAACAGCAUGCGUUGUUAUGUAUUACCAUAUGAUGAUAAACGGAUAAUUUUAUGAGUUUUAUGUAUAGUAACCCCUACGACCUAUAGGCUGACCCCGCAAGGGACAUAAUUCAAUUUAAACUUUGCAGAAUAUAAAAUCAACAUGAAAAGGGAUUUUACUGUGUUAUUAUCACGAAGCCGAUAACUGGUAAAGUAAAUCGUAAAAACUCGGCAAAUUCGGAGCGUGCUAAAUAGCACAAAAACAAAAUGUUUAAGUUCUAAAUGAUGAUAUAAUCUAACCGACUGAUAAAUUAGGAGUUCACCAUUUAAAAUAUGUCAAGCUUUGUUCAAAUAUAUCAAGAAAUAAGGAAACACGAAAAGAAAACGUAAAAUUUUAGCCGAUAACUGGUACAGUGCCAGUAUACAACAUUUCUAACAUUAAUUUAUUCCUUAAUUUAAUUUAACUGAAUAUUUAAUAACUUUUUAAUGUUUUUAAUUAGCUCCAGUAAUAAUUUUUCAAUGCGUUAUUAUAAAUAGUAAAUAGUAGUUGAACAGUUUUUGCAAUGAUUAUUACAUUGUGUUGGUAUGUAGA